CCCCAUUCCCCUUGUGCGCACUCCUGCUGCGCACGCUCUCCGCACCCCCCCCGCCCCGCCCCGCCCUAAUGCCCGCAACGAUGGGCAUUGCCCGGCCAGUCGAAGCGACCCCCGGAGGAUCGGCGCCCCUCACGCCGGGGGUGGCCGCCGUCGGCACCGGGCCCGCGUCGCCGCGUGGCGACAGCCCUGCGAGUCUGGCUCCCCCGGUCGCCGGUGAAUCCCAUCCCGAAGCCGAGCCCGGGGUCACGGCCGAGACCAAGGCCGAUGCCGCCUCGCCAGAUGCUCUGAUGCCCCAGGCGCAAGAUAGCAUCGACAAGAUCACCGCCGCGCAGCUGGUUUUGCAAGAUCUGGCCCAUGCCUUUGCCGUGGCCGUCAGUGAGAUUGCCGCGCUGCCGCCGCCCCCGGGCCGCGCACCGUCGGGGAACGCCCGCACUGGCCCGAGCACCGGGGCUCGGCCGAUCCCGGGUGACCUGUCGGCGCCGCACCUGCUGGACACGCGCGCGCGCCUCCAUGGCUAUGCCACCGAUAUUGCGCAGUUUUGCCGGUACUUUGAUUCGCUGUUGGACGAGUUUCCCCAGCUGGAGGACCGACACCCGGCGCCAUCAGCCACGGGGACCGGCGGCCCCGAGCGGUCCGAUGGCUCAGGGACACCGGCCAGCCCGGCCAGCUCGGCCGACUUGGCCACCUCUGCCGGGCCGGCCGACGCCGGGCCGGCCUCCUUCGAGCGCCGCCUGGCUGGUCUUGUGCGCGCCAAUCACCAGGGGGGCCGUCACCUGAGACGCGCUGCUGGCAAGGCCUCCGCCACACUGGCCGCUAUUCGCACCUCCAGCCGGCUGAUUGCUGAUACCCAGAUUGCUGGCGUUUUCGGCGGGCCCGGCUCUUCGGCCGGCACUGGGCCCACCCUCGCCACAUCCCCGGCUCCCAAGCCCGGGGGAUAAGCGAAGCCCAUGGGCCUCUUCCCCUGUCGUUGCUUUUUUUUUUCUUUGACCGUCGGGUUUUACUCCCCUUUCGAUGGAAAUUCACUGUUUCUCUGUUGCUUUCGCGGUUGUUAGGCCACCCCUCCCCCUCUCUGCCCCACAGGCCUCUUUUGUCCCCGCCCUCCCCGCCCCUUUCCGAAAGGAGGACACACAGUAC